AAAAUUAUUGGUGUGAAAAUGUCCACUGAGACAUCUGAUAAAAAAUCAACUCAAUGUUUAUGAUAAAUUCACGGUGGAAGAGACAUGGCGCGCCGGAGGAGCAGCGGCAUAACGAGCCUGGGGUUUAACCAGGAUCAAGGCUGCUUCACAUGCUGCCUAAAGACCGGCCUGCGCGUCUACAAUGUGGAACCUCUUGUCGAGAAAGCACACUACAGCAAGGAGGAGCUCGGCGAUGUGUCGCUUUGCGAGAUGGUGUUCCGCACCAACUGGCUGCUGGUGGUGAAAGCGCGGCGCCCUUGCAGCCUCAUGUUACUCGAUGACCAACAGCGCGCCUUCAAAGCUGAAGUGCUCUUCAAGUCACCCAUCAGAGCGCUUAGAGCGAGGAAGGAUAAGGUGGCGGUAGUGCUUUCGUCCAGCAUACAGGUGUUGGCCUUACCAUCAUUAUCGCGGGUAGCUCUGAUGCGGACGAGGUUGGGCGCGAGGCCGCUUUGCGCGCUGGCCAGCGAACCAUCCGCCCCGCAUCUCUUAGCUGCUCCCGCGCAUAGGAAAGGAUCUCUGCAGUUGCUUGACGUAACACGUGCAGUAAAGGGCGCUCACUCAUCAUCGCCCGCGGUGAUGGGUUGCCAUCAGACGGAGCUCGUUUGCCUCAGCCUAUCCGCCAACGGCGCCCGUUUAGCCACCGCGUCUGAACGAGGCACCAUCAUACGCGUGUGGGAUACCGCGACCAAACAAAUGCUGCAUGAAUUGAGACGCGGGUCCGAUUAUGCUGAUGUUUACUGUAUAAACUUCAACCAGUCAGGUUCGCUAGUGUGCUGCGUGUCGGACAAGGGCACGCUGCACGUGUGGGCGGCGCGCGGCGCGUGGCCGCACCUCGCCGCCGCGCGCGCCAGCGUCGACACCAGGGCGCUCUGUGCCUUCACUGAUGAUAAUACUGCUGUGUUGAUAUGCGAGGACGGCACUUUCCACAAAUUCACGUUUGCAGCCGAAGGCAACUGUCAUCGCAGCGACUUUGAAUACUUUCUACAGGUGGGCGACGACGACGAAUUUCUGCAAUGAUGUUUUUUAAUUAAUAAAUUGACUAUGAAGAUAUAUAGUUAUGCCUAUAAUAAGUGAUAACACAGUGAAAAGUGAUGUUAUAUAUAGUAAUAUAAUUAUAAAUAACACUCUAAUGUUACAACGCUUAGGUUCUUUGAAAUUCGUGAUAAUUUCAGUAAAUAAUAUAUUAUAAAGUUUUGAACUGUACGUGUGAAAUGCACUCGCGGCUUCUUAUAACUAGUAGUUCUUUUUUAUAAAUAUAUUUCCAUAAAUUUUAUGUAAAUAUUAAAUGCUAGUUUCAUUACUAAAGAUUCUAGUUGCGAAAUUCAUAUCGUUGAAGAAUAUUUGUAAAGAAAUCUCUAUUUUGUUAAUAAUUUUAAAGUGGUUUAUCAUAUUUGAAAGACUGGUGACGGUCUUUUGUGUUCAACUGUAUAUCAAGACUUUUAAGAGUUGAGGGAAAAUAAAUCCAAAUUAGAAAAAGACUAACUAAGUCUAAGUGCAAUACGUGUCAACUAGAAUUUUUAGUAAUGGCAACAGCUUAGAUAUAGUAUAUAAUAAAUCCUCCUGUAAUAUUUGUUUUACUAAAGGGAGCGCCACUUGUCUAUAUCUGGCACAAUAUAUUUAAUUUUGUUACUAGGAUAAUGUUACAAGGUCAACGAAAUAUAUGUUUGAAGUUCGUGAAUUGACUUGAAAGUAAUACUAGAUUAAAGUAUUCGUAUCCUUUAAUUAUUUUCAAACUACUUAUACAAUAACUGUGGACAGUCAAUACUGGCUGGAAAAUGCACCAAAGUUGCCAUGUUCAAUGAUAUUUUAUAAGUAUUUUAAGCCUUGAAAUAUUCAACAAUGAUAAUGCUACUUUGUUCCUUAUGAUACAAUUCACGAACUUUAAAAUUAGAGUUUUAAUAAUUAUAAUAAACAUAGUUUACCAGGGGUUUCUUCAUUCGAUAAUAUUUUAGGUCAUUCGAACCACUAUGUUAAAAGACAAAAGGCACUAAAUUGCAUUUUUAUUUUUAGGUUCAAAAUGAUCGAGUGUUUGAUUUUACUAACAACAAUUUACAUACAAUUUGAUAAAACGUCUUUAGAUUUUCAACUCAUUCCAAUUUAAACAUUCACCAAAAAGGUUACAUUUCCGUAGUAAUUAAACUUUAUGGGCAUCUUGUAAAGAAAAGGUUUGCCCACAUAAAAUAAAAUAUUAAUAAAAAAAAAACAAUUGUUAGAGACAAAAUGCAACUUAAUUUUUAUAUUUUGAUUACCUAUUAACGGUUGAGGUGAUCUAUGAGGCUUGACUAAUGAUAAUAUACGUACAUUUAUUUUAAAGAGAUAGAAGCAUUUUAUGCUUCAAGUUUUAGAAAAUCAUAAAAAUAUACUUGCUACCGAGAAGGUAUGUUGGCCUAUCAAUGGCUUGUUUGGACUAGAUUGACACAAGUGGAGGGAGGGGAGAACACCAUGGCCCUCUAGAUAUUUUUCUCAAAUAGCAACAUUGUCAAAUCUAGCGCCAUCUUUGAGAAAAACUUAAUAAAUGUUUGUGAUGUGUUUUAUUAUUGUAAUGCAAUAAAAAUGUUGUUAUUCAAUAGCCAUAGUAAUAAUAGUUACAUAAAAAGCAAUAAUCAAUAUUAAAUUGUAGCUGCUUUCUGCAAAUUAGUUAUUUGUAUACACAGGGUUUUCCGAUGAUGGUAAACUGUUUUAUUUAUCGUAGCUUCUAGUUCCACAUUAGCAUAAAUAUUAAUUGUGGUCUGAUGAUUUGUGUUCACAGUUUUCUAAAGACUCUGUUAUUUAGCUGAAUUAUUUGGAAUGAAAGUUUACUUCCAUCAUAUUUUAUAUGCCUAUCAUUAAUCGUUGUUAUAUAAAAUCACUUUAUAUCAUAAUUUUAUUUACUCAAUUCAUAUUGUUCCUUUGUGUUUCAUUGUUAUCGCUCAAUUUUAAAUUGUACCUUUUGCAUUUGCUCAUAUUAUUAGUGAAGUGCUCUGAAAAAUCGUUCUUUCAUAGAUAUAAUUAUCCAAUAUUAAAUAGCUAUUAAAAUUGUCAUCGUUAUUCAUAAUUUUUAAAUACGUCGUAUUUGAACUGAGAGAAUAUUUUAAGAGUUGAAAUGUUGAUCAGAAGCUUGUAAGUACAUACAUAAUAUAUGUGAGCCCUUGUGUAAAAUUAUAAUGUAAAGUUUAUUAUGUAUAAUUAUGUAAAUAUUUUAAUAAUCACACAAUAGUUUUUGUACUUGACAUUAGCAAAAUAAUUGUCUCAGCUUAAAACUUAUUUAAUCACUUUAGUAAUAAUUAUUUAGGGCAACAAAAACGAGCACAUUUGGACACUGUAAAUAUGGAGUUUCAGAAUAAUGAUUUAUUUUUUUAUGAAAUUGUGAAAACGAUAGGGACUCCACUGUUUUGUAUAAAAGCUUUAGGGGUAUAGAUAUGUAAUAUACCCAAAUAGGGUUAUUUGGAAUUUAAACAUUAAAAUUUUCUUUUAUAAAA